GACCGGGCUGGGGGCGGUGCCGGCCCGCCGGGCUCUUAGUGGCGGUGCCGGGCAGUCAGCGGUGCCGCGGUCCGGUGUUGUCCCGCUAUUCGCCAUGGGCUCCAACCUGCCCGUCUUCAUCGGCGCCGAGGAGGUGGAGAAGCACCUGCAGCGCGCCAGCCUCCUGCUCCCGGCGCUGGAGGCGGCCCUGGCCAACUUCUCGGCCGGCGCGGCGGGAGGCGUCGUGCAGCCCGUGCGCACCGUGGUGCCGGUGCACCGGCACGGCGGGUUCCUAGGAGUGAUGCCAGCUUACAGUGCUGUGGAUGAUGCUCUGACAACGAAGUUGGUGACUUUUUAUGAGCACAAGAAGGAUUCUUCUGUCCCUUCUCACCAAGCAACUGUCCUCUUAUUUGACCCAAGAAAUGGCAGUUUAAAAGCUGUCAUAGAUGGCAGUGUCAUUACAGCAAAACGAACAGCUGCAGUUUCUGCAAUUGCUACCAAGCUGUUAAUGCCACCUUUUGCAGAAGUGCUGUGUAUUUUGGGAGCUGGUGUUCAAGCUUAUAGCCAUUAUGAUAUCUUCAUGGAGCUGUUCACAUUUAAAGAGGUCAGGAUAUGGAAUCGCACCAAAGAGAAAGCGGUGAAGUUUGCUAGUUCAGUUCAUGGCCCAGUGCAGGUCUGUGCUUCUGCUCAGGAGGCAGUUACUGGGGCUGAUGUGAUUGUAACAGUCACUAUGGCAACAGCACCAAUUUUAUUUGGAGACUGGGUAAAACCAGGUGCCCAUAUCAAUGCUGUUGGAGCAAGCAGACCAGACUGGAGAGAACUGGAUGAUGAACUGAUGAAGAAUUCUGUUCUGUUUGUGGAUUCCAGAGAGGCUGCUCUCACAGAAUCAGGAGAUGUUAUAUUAUCAGGGGCAGAGAUUUUUGCUGAGCUGGGAGAGGUAGUGAAGGGUACAAAACCAGCCCUGCCUGAGAAAACAACAGUGUUUAAAUCACUGGGAAUGGCAGUUGAAGAUACAGUAGCAGCAAAAUUUGUUUAUGAUUCAUGGUCAGCUGGUAACUGAAGAGAGAAAUCUACAGUGCCCAGGAGGCCAAGAGAAUUGUUUGCACUUAGUUUCCUUGGAUCUUUUGUUAACAAGAAAGACACCAGUCAUACCUGAAUGUGGCCCUUCUAGAACAUCCAAGAGUGAAAAGUAAAAUGUCAGCAAUAGAUUAACUUCUACAGUUUUCUAAUGGCAAGUAUUAGAUACCUGCAGUAUUACUAAUAAAUAUAUGUUGUAUAACAGAAAGUAUUAGAUGUUUGCAGUAAUACUAACAAGGGCAUUUUUAUGUAUUUGUGUACAAUUCUGGAAUCAAUGCCUGUCCUCCCUUAUUAUUUAUGUAGCAGAAGUCUCUGGGUCGAUUUCUUAUUUUGAGAGAGGUAAUGCAUACUGGAGUAAAAGAUCAGUUUGGAGAAUGGACCCUGGGAUCAUAUUUACCUGUGGUGGUACUUUAAAUGCACUUGGGGGUUUCAGUGCUACACUGGCAGUAUCCUAGUUUCUCCUGUAAACACAGCCCACCCCUGACUCCUGGACACCUCUUUCCUUCCAACUCAGACUGGGAUCUAGAAGGCACCAUCCUUACUUUCACUGCCCACAAUCCCCCUUCCCUAUCUUCAGACCUGACACUCUUCUCAUUUAAGAGCACCCUUCUGUGUGGGAUGUUGUAUAAAUAAUGAUGCCUCCAUACAGUUCUGUCUCUUGUUGUGAAAGACAUGGCUCAGGAAGACUUAGAGUGCAAACAAUCAGAGCUAAUAUUAUGUACAUUUUAACUGGGAGGAAACUAUACUCAGUACCUCCUUCGGUACGUUCCUGGAUGGGAUUUUACCAUUUUCAUAUUGCAAGGGGUCACCCAAAAUGUGAGCAUUAAAAAUGUGUUUUGAUUUAACUUUUAUCUGUGUUCUGUUGGGAGAUACUUUUAAAUAAUUUAUGCUGUUCUAAGUUCUUUUUCUAAGCUUCCUAGAGGUUGGAACCAUCCAAAUUGAUUUCAGUGAAAUAAACUUCUAGUAUACAGGCAAAUGUUUUCAGCUUGGCUGUACCAGGCCUCAGAUGGUAAUUGUUCUUUUAUCCCAGGAGGUAUUAGCUGGGCCAGGGAUUUCCAUGACCCUUUCUUGGCAGAGGAACUCAGUGAUGUUCUACAUAAAAGUUCCAGUUUUGUGCUGUUAUGCAACUGCCUUACAAAAGAAUGAGCAUCUGCUGAAAAAUAGCUUUUUCCCUGGAAACAAAUGCCUGUGUCAAGCUAGAGUUGUGCCUUAUGAAGUUUCUAUUUCUACUUACGUAUUAUUUCAUACAGGCUAUGAAGUGUUUCUUCACUCUGUGGAAGGAUUAGAUGACAUGGUCAUUCUGUUUUGAUGCCAGUAGAAUACAGUGGAGCAACAGGAAGGAGGUUCAGAAGCUUUUAGCUUUAAAGCCCUUGAUGGUGCAAAAGUAAGUAUAGAAGAGGUUAAUGAGUGCAGUGCAGGUAUGACAUAAAUAAUACUCCAGAUUAUAAGCCUGAUGUAAAUUUGUUGGAAAAAAGUAGUAAAUGGCAGAGUUUGUAGUAAUUUGCAGGGUUUUAGCAUGGGAGAGUACCAGACCAGUAAGUGAAUAGGGCCAAGGGAUGUGUUUGUGGAUAGAAGUCUAACUGUUGAUCUUGUUCAUAUCAGCAGAAACAGAGAAAGAAAUUUCUCUGUCAGAAUGGCAGUAGCAAAACUGCCAUUCUAUUUUUACACAUUUUUUCUUCUUUGUCAUUUCUGAAAUGUUCAGAUAUCAUGAGUGUUGCCUUAGCCUGUUACUUCAGCAAUAGAGAAUUCCUCUAGCUUGAGACAAAUGCAACAGCUGUUGGUGUCCCAUCAUUCCAGAACUGUCUGGAAACUUGCAUUUCUUAUGACACUGGUACCCCAGUUCUGUGUAAAACCCCUGUGUAAAACAAGGUUUGUAGUUUCAAAUGAGACUUAGUGUUUGGGAGGAGGACAAAUGCAGUUGAUUUCCACAUGUACUCUUCCACAGACUAGGCACUUUCAAAGUAGAACCAGUCCAAAAACCUGGUUCCGAAAACCGAUGGUGUUCUCAGCUUUCACUGGCAGUAGGAGGUUCUAGGAGCCUGGCUUCAGCAUUGUACCUCUGAAUUUAUGAAGAGGAUUUGAUACAGUUACAAUAGGAGAUGUUUGCAUGCCAUCUUUAGUUUAUUAAGGGGAAAUAAUAUAAUAUUUUUUCCAUGUUUGCUUCUCUUACAAAUCAGUCUCAAGAAAUUGUGUAACUUGCACUUACGUUAAAAUUAAAUACAUACUGUUGUUUUUCUUUGA